UUGCUCAUAUGUCUGCUCCGGCCAUGGCCAUUUAAUGCUUCUGAUUACAAUCAACCCCAGCUUCAAAAAUGCCAACUAUUUAGAAGCGACGUACCACCAAGAAGUUCCACACCAGCAUUACAAACUUUUGAGGGAUAAAAAGUUUUGUGGAGAGAGAGAGAGAGAGAGAGAGAGAAGGGGGGGGGAAUGGUGAGGAGACCAUGUUGUGAAAAGCAAGGGAUGAAUAAGGGAGCUUGGUCUGCUGAAGAAGACGAAAUCCUCAUCAACUAUGUCAAGAUUCAUGGUGAAGGCAAGUGGAGAAGUGUUGCUCAGCAUGCUGGUUUGAAUAGAUGUGCCAAGAGUUGCAGGCUUAGAUGGUUGAACUACUUGAGGCCCGGCAUCAAACGGGGCGACAUCACCGAGGACGAAGAAGAUCUCAUCAUCCGGCUCCACCGCCUUCUCGGCAACAGGUGGGCAUUCAUUGCGGGGAGGCUUCCAGGACGAACCGACAAUGAAAUAAAGAAUUACUGGAACACCACCCUCGCCAAGAAGUGCAGAUCUUCCUCACUGCCGACUUGUGCGAGAGAAUCGAACUGCGAAGAGAAAUUUUUGCGCAACCAAAAUCACGGGUCGAUGAAUAAUUCCGAUCAAGUCGACGCAGACCAGCCAUCAGGGGCCGAUGUCUGCAGAAUUCCUAUUCUACCCCAAGAAGAAAAGCACUGUUUGGUGGAGGAAAGCAUAGGUUUGAUCAGUAACAGCUGCAGCAUUGACAAUCAAGCCAUGUUUUCUUCACCUCUGGGCCAAGCCGAAGGCGAUGAGGAUCAUCUGAGCUUUUUUAUGAGCAUCGACAUCGAUGAGAAUUUCAUAACGGCAGUUACCCGGUCGGACUCACAGCUAUUUCCCGGGAAUAGAACAGUGCAAGAAAAUUAUAAUUAUGACAUAUUUGGUGGGUUUGACAAUGAUAAUGUCAUGUCUUCAUCUCCUUCUGAUAUCACUUCUGAUGAUCAAGUAGUCAAGGUUGACACUGAGGUGAUGCGUGAUCAGCAACCGUCGCUACAUGUGGAGCUGAAGAAGCCGGCUUCGUUUCUUGAUUUGGAAGAUGUAUGAAGGGUACUCUGAUUUGACAAAGAAUUAAUAAAGAGAAGUAGUUGCAGUGAAGAGUGACUUGUUGGGUCACCUAACUUUCAUGUAGGCAUUUGUUGCACCCUCAAAAUAAAUAAAUAAGAGCGUAAUGGGACCUCAAUUGUCCUUGAAUUUCUCCACCAUAUUUUUAUGAA